AUGGCAAAGGCAGCUGACUUCUCUGUUUUCAGCGUUCUGGUGACAGGAUCCAAUCGGGGGAUCGGUCUGGGUCUGGUGAAGAGGUUUCUACAGUUGCCCUGUCCACCCAAAUGGAUCUUUGCUACAACUCGGGAUAUGGAGGCAGAGAAAAGUAAGGAGGUAAAACAGUUGGCAUGCAGACAUCCAAACUUGGUGUUAUUGCAACUAGAUGUCACAAUUCUUGAGAGCAUCCAGGCAGCUUUAAAAGAAGUGGAAAAGCGUGUUGGAGAUGGUGGGCUGACACUCCUAAUCAACAAUGCUGGCCGUUGGUUCUUUGAAAACCUAGAAAAUGAAAAUGCAAAAGAUAUGCAGACUUUAUAUUCAGUCAACACCAUUGGGCCACUGCAAAUGAGUCAGGCCUUUCUAUCCCUGUUGAAGAAGGCAGCCCGGAAGAGUCCAAGGCAAGGGCUGAGCUCCAGCAAGGCGGCUAUUAUCAAUAUAUCCAGUGCUCUUGGCUCAAUGGAGGUUAUGCUUAUUUGGGAGAAAACACAAAUAGUUUCCUACCGCUGCAGUAAGGCUGCUUUAAACAUGCUCACCAAGUGCCAGUCACUCGAGUAUUCAGCCAGUGGGAUUCUGACGGUAGCCAUCCAUCCUGGUCUGGUAAAUACUCGUCACAACCCCUAUCCGGAAAUCACUGUGGAAGAGAGCACACGAGGCAUCGUGAGUGUGCUGUCCAUGCUUUCUGAGGAGGACAAUGGGACCUUUAAGGAUUGGUUGGGUCGUCGUCUUCCCUGGUGAUCCAUAGGUCUCAUCCUAAUGUCAUUGGUUCAUAACACAUUGAGAGGUGAAAGGGCCCUUCAAUAAACUGCUUUCUGUCACAGAAGUCCUGGUCUUGUUCUUUCCUUUCUUUCACAAAAUUUCAAACAUCUGCAUAUACAGAGGUACCUCAGUACUCAUUGUUAAUUGGUUCUGGGAGAUACAAUGACUACCAAAAAUGAUGUGUAUCAAACCAUUUUUUCCAAUAAGGAAUAAUGU